UCCCUGGCGGAGCCACCGAUCGCCUGGAACCGGAGGAGUGUAUUCCUGUAUGAACGGUCAGCUUUAGGCAGGUAGCCUACAAGUCCGCCGCGAUGAGGCUCCGUUUGGCCGGAGCCGUGCUGCUGUCGGCGGCCGCCUACUACGUCUACCUGCCGUUACCGAGCGGCGUGAGCGAGCCGUGGAAGCUGAUGCUGCUGGACGCGCUGUUCCGGAGCUUCAUGCAGGCGAGUGACGUGGCUCACGCUCUGGGUGUGUGCCAUCGGGUCCACCUGUUGAACCGGGUGGUGUCAUGGGUGGAGGAGAUUGAGGCACACUCCUGCCCUGCUGUGCAUGUGACCGACUCCUCACUGGGAGGUGUGCCCACUCGAGUCUUCCAGCCAAAGGGGGGGAAGCAGCUGAAAAGGGGAGUCAUAUAUUUCCACGGUGGAGGAUGGGCGCUGGGCAGUGGACGGAUGAGAUCUUAUGACCUUCUUUGUCGGAAAAUGGCGAAGGACCUGGACUCUGUCAUCAUGUCUGUCGAUUACCGUCUUGCUCCAGAGGCGGUGUUCCCAGAUCAGUACCAUGAUGCGUUGGCAGCAGCGCGGGCUUUCCUGUCAGCUCAGGUUUUAGAGCACUACAGCAUCGAUCCGGAGAGAGUGUGUGUAUCUGGGGACAGCGCCGGGGGAAACCUGGCUGCUGCUGUGGCACAGGAGCUCAGCUCAGAUGACAGUCUGACACCGAAGUUCAAGCUCCAGGCACUGAUCUACCCCGUGCUGCAGGCUCUCGACUUCUACACCCCAUCCUACCAGCAGAACCGGGCCGUGCCCAUCCUCUACAGGCCUGUCAUGGCUCGUUUCUGGCUGCAGUACCUGGGCGCCGACACCUCCCUGGAGCCCCUCCUGCUUGCUAACAACCACAGCUCCCUGGACCAGACGGCCAUCAGCGCCAGCAUCCGCUCCAAGCUGGACUGGACUGCUUUGCUCCCGGCUGAGCGCAGGAAGAACUUCACGCCGGUUGUGAAAGAGACGGGAUCGCCAGGGGUGAUGGGUGAGGUACCUGAGCUGGUGGACGUGAGGGCGGCACCACUGCUAGCAGAGCAGGGAGUUCUGAGAAGGACACCUAAAGCAUACGUGAUGACCUGUGAAUUUGACGUGCUAAGGGAUGAUGGGUUGAUGUAUGUCAGGCGCCUGCAGAACGCCGGCGUCACAGUGACCAGUGAUCACUAUGAGGAUGGCUUUCAUGGCUGCAUGGUGUUUGCAUUCCUGCCAAUGAUGUCUAGUGUUGGACAGAGGAGCAUGAACAACUACAUCCAUUGGCUGGACCAGAAUCUGUAGACAAACAAACCGCUCCAGAUCAUCCUGAACCGGGAGAGAUUGUUUGCAGCGCCAAAGACGUCCUGGAGCAAAAAGUCAGGUACUUGAGGUCCUUGCUGGAUCUGCAAAGAGGGAACAUGGCUUUGAUUAACACACAUGAUCCAUUUUUGAACUAAUGUAUCCUUCAGCAGCAACAUGUCCUGAGCAAAACACCAGACAAGAAAUCAGAUGCAUAAUCUGCACAAUCUUUCAAAUUUAAAAACAUGGAAACAGAACCAACAAAUUGAAUUCAAGGCUUGUGAUAACCUGCUGUUUACCAACGUGUUUGAGUAGACAAGCGGCUGCAAUGCAUUCACAUACUCACCUGUGUACCUGUCCAACUGUAGGAUACAAAUUUAUAUCCACUAGUGGGCAAAUCAGGGCCAAAUCAUCUGUAGCCCACACCAGAAAAUCCUCCUUGAGAACUUCUGCCACAAUGUCCAUACAAACACAUUUUUAAAGCAGGUUUAUGGGCUCAGUGUAGCUGAACAUCACUGAGUCAAAUGGAUCACAAAGCAUCUUCACUAAAUCCUGAAACCAAAAUAUUUCCAAUCAGAAGUAACCAAAGAAACUGACGCUUAAGACCAUAAUAUCAAUGCAACCUUGUGGACAGUGAUAAUAUACUUAAGGCUCAUUAUUUUCAAGAAAAAAAAAAAACACAAUCUAGGAUCUAUGUCUUUGACUGCAGGAUAAAACUGUAUUAAAACACUAGACAAACAUAUAAAACAACAUACAAGUAUCACUCAUUUAUAAUCCAUGGUGUUCUCCAGCAAUAGUAUUGCUAAUUGUAUCAGUGAUUAAAAAUUUGUGGGGAAAAAAACACGCUAAAGGUUCAUUAUCCCUUAAUUAAGAUUGUAAAGAGGGUUCAAUACCAAAUAAAUAAUUGUGCAAAAUGUUUCACAAGUAUGCUAGAGUGCCAAUUGUUUCAAAAUUAUGUAAACAUUUUAAAAUCGUGUAUCAUCACACACGUCAGGAGACAUUUCACAGAUUACCCUCAAAUCAUAAAACGAACACCUACAUUUUUCUAAAUUAGAAAAUAAUAUUAGAAAUCAGAUUUUUUUUCAAUGGCCAUUGUAUAAUAUAAUGAUAUUCAUUUGGAAUAUAAUUAACAGGUAAAAUUUAUAUUUCAAGCAACAUUAUGCAGUUUUUUUAAACCUUAAAAUAAAAGCUUCAAAAUCAUGUUGAUGGGACACUCCCACUGAUUGCCUAUUCUUGCAAUAUGUAAAUUUGGUGACCAAGAUUUAGAGCUUAACACUUUACAGUGUUUCCCAUUCAUUGAUUCAUUUUUUGUAGCCACUGAAAAAGCAACAUUGACUGCCACAUGAUGGGUUUCCUUUUUUUACUAUUUAAAAUGGGUAAAUUCUUAUUUCUGCUCUUGGUUUCUUUUGAGAGAGGAGGCAAAAAUCAGCUAGGUAGCCGCCACCCCACGGUCCCUCAGCCUUGCUCCCCGCCGCUAGGAGACUACUUCACCAGUGAUUCACAGCUUUGGAGAUGAACCUCCAGUGAGUGGCUGUAGCAACUAGAGUUGUUCCCAUAUCAAUAACAGUACUAGAAAUGCCUCUGAUACAGUUUAAAAUGCUAGAUCAGAUAUCAGCCACUCCAGGACUCUAUGCACUGAUCUGAUACCAUGGAAUUUAUUUAUAAACUUAAAAGUAGUUUCCUGGAAACCAAUUCUUCUUCGCCACUUUUAAACAGUAGCCGACACAGCAAGUUGUGUUGCACAGCCACUGCCAACAGCUUUCUUUUUUUUUUAUACGUUUGUUUGUAUAUCCCUUUGUAUCAUUCUCUGUCCCCUCUCAAAAUUUGGAGGUUUUUGUUGGUUUAUGAACGCAGCACAAGCGACACUUAGUUAUUUUUUAUCUCAGCAGCAGUUUGUGGAGUUUUCAGUUGCAGGGUGGAUAAUUGAUAAGUCAAUCUGAUCAGUGCUGAUCAAAUCAAAUCGAUUGAUGAGAACCUCUAGACCCAGUGCAAUGAAUGGUUAAGUUUCACCUUCACUGCACCUGGCAUUCUGCUGCUCCCUCUGUGCCCAGAGUAGCGCUCAGAGCACUCCUAAUGAACGGGCCGGCUAAAAAAUAAAAAAUCAAUACAUAGUGUUAGAUGUUAUCGUGAUGUGCUGCUACAAAUAAAUGAAUGUGUGGAAAACCCUGCAAGUUUAGGUAUCAGAACAUCUCCAGUAGCAACUCGAAUUCAGCCAGUGCAAACCACAACCCUGGAGGUCACAGCAGGCUGGUGGUCAGCAGCAACACUGUGUCUAACUUGUAUAGCAGCAGUUUGCUAAUCUUGCGAGGAGUCAGGGCUGUCCGGGAUCAGAAGCGCUGUGUUAGCGCUAGCUGAAUUCAGGUUGCUACUGAGGGUCCAUAUUUACAACAUUGGUGCAGAUUCUGAAACUGUCAGGCUGCCAAAUCCCAAAAAUACCCAAUUAUGCAUUAUGUUGCACUAAAACAUCAAUAAUACAAAAGCGCAAGGUUAAAAUUUGAUUUCAGGAUUACCAGUCGCAGCUCAACACCAUGUUGUCUAUCCAGGUAAUGUUAAUUCAUUACUAGAGAUAAUUCCCGGCUCAUUUCUCUGUUUUUUGGAUACAAAAUUAGGGAAUAAAUUUGGAAAUAGAUUUGGAUUAAAACAUAUGUAAAAAAAAAAACAAACAAAAAAAAAAAAAAA